GUUGCCGUUGCGUCGUCGACAAGGGUGGGCUCUGACGGGAAGGCGAGCGGCGCGCAUGCGCAUAGGCAAGAGCCACGCCAGCUUAGGUUGGCUCAGGUGAGGAAGGUGGGGCGCAUCUGCAGAGACCCCGCUUAGACCCGAGACUCCACUCCGUGUGUUAGGCUCCACGCAGGAGCCCAGACGGAAGCAUCAGUCCCGGGUAGGGCUGUGGGACUGAUGCGGUCCUGUUCACAGAGUGCGAUGCGGUGACACCUCCAAAGAAUCAUGGCAGCGGCUGACGAACUGGCCUUCCACGAGUUCGAGGAAGCCACAAAUCUUCUGGCAGAGACCCCAGAUGCAGCUACUAAACAAAGUGAUGAGCUGACCUCCCGAGAGCACGUGGCUGUGGCUGUGGGUUCAGGCAUUGGCUAUGGAGCUGAAGUAGAGGAAGAGGAUGACAAGACAUCACUUCUACAGGAAGAAAAGCCACAGCCCAGAUUCUGGACAUUUGACUACUAUCAGAGCUUUUUUGAUGUGGACACCUCCCAGGUCUUGGACAGGAUCAAAGGCUCCCUGCUACCCCAUCCUGGCCACAACUUUGUGCGGCACCAUCUUAGAAACCGUCCCGACCUAUAUGGCCCCUUCUGGAUCUGUGCCACCCUGGCCUUUGUCCUGGUGGUUACUGGCAAUCUCACUUUGGUGCUUGCACAGAGACGGGACCCCUCCAUUCACUACAGCCCCCAGUUCCACAAGGUGACUAUAGCAGGCAUCACCAUCUACUGUUAUGCGUGGCUAGUGCCGCUGGCGCUGUGGGGCUUCCUGCGGUGGCGCCAGGGCACGAGGGAGCGCAUGGGGCUGUACACCUUCCUGGAGACAGUCUGUGUCUACGGCUACUCACUCUUUGUCUUCAUUCCUACUGUGGUCCUGUGGCUUAUCCCAGUGCAGUGGCUACAGUGGCUCUUUGGAGCCCUGGCCCUGGCCUUGUCAGCUGCUGGGCUGGUAUUCACACUGUGGCCUGUUGUCCGAGAGGAUACACGGCUGGUGGCUGCGGCACUAUUGUCUAUUGUGGUGCUGCUUCACGCCCUCUUGGCGCUAGGCUGUAAGCUGUACUUCUUCCAGCCACUGCCUCUGGACCAUGUGGUACCAGCACCCCAAGCCACACCUCCAUCUCCCAACGUCCUGCUGCCCAGUUCAAUCCAGCCCAUGACGACCUUCUAGGAAGGCCCACAGGCCAAACUCCAGGGGGAUACUACUUGUCCUGCCUCCGUAUGAAGAUUGGAGGAUCCUUGGCCCCUGGAGACUACCCUGCUGUUUUGCAGGCUUUUCUUACAAAGCAAACACUUUUUUAUUUUCUAUGCAAAGGUGAUCCAGAGAAUUUAUAUAAAGGGGGGGGGCAGCCGAGCAGGGAGUAUUACUGAUGGACAGGAGAGAGCCCGGUUCCCAGCUGCCUGAGGGCCCUCUGAUUCCCUGACAGGUCAGGAGGGUGGCACAGAGCAGCUCCAGCGUUUGCCAAGGGGUUCCUGUGGCAGGCAAAAGCCCAGCCUGAGCUGUGGCCAUUGAGGUGGGGACUCUCGGGUAAGGGAACAGGGGAAACUGCCUGUGCUUAUAAAUCACCCUUCCUUCUUUGCUUUUCUUUUUGUCUGGGGAGGUCCCUCCAGCCCCUGCGGCCCCUUGCCAGGGACGCUGUCUUGAGAGGAGUGAGUGGGACAUGAAUGUGAGUGCAGCACACAGGCCUAUGCUAACUAUCAGGAGAGGACGCCUUCCUUGUGAGACAGAUCUUUGAGGUUUCUUGUCUGCCCCAGUAGCCCAGGGUGAGUCACUCAGGGCUGCCUGUUCCAGCUUUGAUGGAGGGGGGGCCUUCAGGGCUCAGGACAGGACAGUAGCAGAAAGCAGGGGCUAGGCCUUUGGACAGCUGGGUGGUUUGUACAUUCAAGUUUGAGGUGAACCCUUUGGUGGGAGGGGGCUAUGCCCGCCCUGAAGGCUUGACAGGGCCACCCCUCACCUAGAACCUCUGGGCCUAGGGACAGGGGCUGCUGGCUUGGCCCGGCCAGCCGGGUUUCUCAGAGGGUCUGUGGGUUGACACUGGUUCUUUUCGUAAAAAAAUAAAAUUAAAAAAAGCAGCA